AUUUUCAUUCCCUCAGCCGCCAUUUUUCUCCUCCUUUCCCCUCUCUCUCUCUCUCUCUCUCUCUCUCUCGAAGCCAUGCUCUCGCUGUCCGCCCGACCCAUCCUCUCCGCCUUCCUCCCCAAACCCAAACCCCGCCGCCUCCUCCUCCUCCUCAGACCCCGCCGUUCCUCCGCCUCCGCCUCCGCCCUGACGCCGCCUACCCCGCGUACCACCACCCCCGACCCCCCGGAGGACGCAGACCCCACGCCGCUCUUCCUCCGCCCGCCGACCCACCCCGUCCCGGAGGCCUCACUCGCCGCCUUCCGCCGCCGGGCCGCCGCGCUCGUCCCGCCCUCCGCGCCGCACCUCCACCGCCACCUCCGCUGGCUCCUCGCGGACGCCUCCGCCCCCGCCCCGUCCGGCGCCGACCCGGCGGCGCCCCACCUCCUCCGCGCGCCGCUCGAUGAGCUCGAGGCCCUGUGGCUCCGCCACGUCCGGGACAGGCGCCCGUUCCAGUACGUGGUCGGGAACGAGCACUGGAAGGACCUGGUGGUCGCGGUCCGGGACGGCGUGCUCAUCCCGCGGCCCGAGACGGAGACCGUCGUCGACAUGGUCGCGGCGGUCGAGGGGUUCCAGGACGGGUGGUGGGCGGACCUCGGGACCGGGAGCGGCGCCAUUGCCGUGGCCGUGGCCAGGAUGCUGGGGCCCGGGGGGAGGGUGUUCGCCACCGACGUCAGCGAGGUCGCUGUUGAGGUCGCGCGGCUCAACGUCCAGAGGUACGGGGUGCAGGAUAAAGUUGAGAUAAGGCGCGGCUCAUGGUUCGAACCUCUAGAAGAUGUCAAAGGAAAACUGAUGGGUGUCAUUAGUAACCCUCCAUACAUACCAACUGAUGAUCUACCUGGCCUGCAACCUGAAGUUGGUUGGCAUGAACCAAAAUUGGCACUUGAUGGAGGCAAAGAUGGCCUUGAUCAUUUGCUUCAUCUAUGUGAAGGGUUAUCUUCGGCACUGAUGCCUGGAGGUUUCUUUGUUUUUGAGACAAAUGGCAACAAGCAGUCAGAGUUUCUUGUCGACUUCAUUAGUACAAAGUGGAGCUCAUCUUUUUGCGACGUGGAGGCAGUUUUAGACUUUGCAGACAUCAAACGUUUUGUAAGAGGGUACCGCAGAUGAAAAAAAAAUAUGGAUGCUGAUAAAAUAUUGUUUGAGAUCACUUCUGUUCCUUAGUGAUUUUGGGUAAGAAUUGCCCAAUUUCUGACUUGUUUGCAGUGCAGCAGCAGCACUUGGUUGUUUCAACCAUCAUCUUCUGUCUCUGGCGUCCCUGCAGUUUGUGGAUCUUUAGUUACUGAAAUACUCCCUCCGUUCGGAAUUACUUGUCGCAGAAAUGGAUGUAUCUAGGCAUGUUUUAAUUCUAGAUACAUCCAUUUCCGAGACAAGUAAUUCCGAACGGAGGGAGUAUGUGCUUAUUCUAUGGUAGUCCUUAGUUACUACUCCCUUCGUCCCAAAAUAAGUGUCUCAAUUUUGUACUAACUCUAGUACAAAGUUGUACUAAGGUUGAGACAUUUACUUUGGGAUGGAGGGAGUAUAUGCUAGAUUGUGGAAAACUGACAAGUGACGCUCAGCUUGGGACAUAUUAUAUGCUAACUGCUAAGGUGUCGUAUAACUUUUAAGGUGCCUUUUCUUUUUCUUCAGAUGAUGGCUUCUUGAUAUCCUAGUCAUUCAAGUGAUACAACACUGCUUUAAAUGACACCUCUCUUUUGUGAAA